UCUGUAAACUGUUCUCUCGUACGUCUAUGAGUUAAAUUUGUUCGAGUAGUGCGCCUUCGAAAUCAGUUUUUGUCCCAUACUUUGAACUUUCGUUGAAGUUAAAUCAUGGGAAACAUAAAUAGUGCGCAUUUUGACGAAACUGUUGACGAUUUGUGGUGGUCCACGAAUGAACCGAAUUGCGAAAACAGAAUCGCAAAAAGUUCAACGAGCGAAUAUACCGCCAGUAACAAAUCAGUUGCGAAUGAAUCAAGUUCAAGAGUAUUAUCAGAAGAAAAAGAAGAAAUACUGAGCGAAUUCAAGUUAGAACUUGCACGAAAGCACGAAAAACGAAAGGGAAUUAUUCUCGAGAAGAAAAAGGAAAUGGAUGAUCUAAGACAGGAAAUUCUCAGAUUGAAAAAAGAAAAUGAAGAUUUGAGGAAGUUGAAGGUUACUGACGAGCAAAUUGAAACGGAUAUUGGGAAAAGUGAGACCAUUGAGCGAUUACGGGCAGAAAUCGAGGAUUUAAAGAACCGCUUAGAAGAAAAAUCCAGACUACUUCAAGACAGUGAGUGCAUUAUAGAAAAAAAUCGUGAACUGAAAAAGAAUAUAGCCGCGUUACAAGCAGACCUUCAAAGUUUGAAUACAAAAUUUGUGUGUUUCGAAACAGAACGACAGGAAUAUAAAAAUCAUGUAGCAGCAUUGAAAGAUGUGAUAUCUGUGUCUAAACAUAUGCUGCAUAUCAAAGAAACCGAGUUGACAGAGCUUAAACAAAAAUUUGAAGAAAUUGAAAAAUCCGUGGCGGAAAAAGAAUUGGACGUUUUUUCCCAAGACAUGAGAAAUGAAUACGAAAGACAAAUGGCGAAUAUCAGAAAUCUCAGGAUAUUGUAUGAAGAGAGACAAAGAGUAGAAAGAAGGGAGAAACAGGAACUGAUUUCUCAAUUGGAUGAUAUCAAGAAAGAGCUUCAAGCAGAAAAGGAGAAGGGAAGUGAGCUGAAAGAACGAAUAUCAGAAUUAGAACAUGACAACUCACAGAAAUACGAUGAAAUCAAAACGCUUGAAUCCAACUUGGGUCUCUCAAGAGCUGAAUGUAAACAACUUCAAGCCGAAUUGGCAGUAAUCAACCGACUUUUCUCAGAAAUUUUGCUCGGUUUCAACAGUUCUCAAGAUUUAGAUUUGGAUAAACUGCAGAAACAUUUGGAGGAUCAUCGUGAUCUCCUGCAGGAUAUUGUUGUGAACGAAAUAUCUUCAGAAGUUUCGUAUGCGUUGCCAAAAGUACUUCUUGACCUUCUCAAACAAGUGAAUAAUCCUGAAGAAAUUGAAGAACAACUGAAAGAUGAACCCAACUUGCUGAGUGGCCAGUUAGAAUCAAUUCAGGAAGAAAUAGAGUCAACAACCUCCACAAUACACCAACAAAUGAACAGUGCUGAGGAAAUAGUUGAAAAUCUUCCGAAGGUAUGGAGAGUCCUCAUAGAACUCCUCAGUCACCAAAUAGUUCCGACCAACACACUUACAAACAGCGAAGAUAAAGAAAAUCCUUGCUAUAAGACUGUGGAAACACCAAAGGGACCAAGUUUAGUACUUAGUGUUAGUCAGACGUUCAUUAGGUUGAAGGACCUAAUUUUAGAGAAGAAAGCCCUGGAGAAGGAAACCAAUCAUCUGAAACAGUUGAACGGACACCUGGAAAAUAGGUUGCAGGAUCAAGAGAAGAGAUUAGAAUUGGUUCAUUCAGAACUAUCUAAAACUUGGCUUGUGGUCGGAAAAAUGCAGAAACAACAUCAAAUGCUUCACACGCAGGAGAAAAUUUUACGUUACGAACUUGCUCAAAAACGAAAACUACUUACGGAACUCAAAGAAGAAUUGGAAUACAGCAGAGAAAAGUGGGCUGAGGCUAGAGCAAAAAAUUCCAAGACUGAACUACAGUGGAGGCAACUCAGAACAGAAUUUGCUGCAAGAAAAAAUACUGUGUUGAAUGAUGAUCUGAACAACAGCACAGAAAGUGGAUAUAGUGACGACAGGGAGUGUUCUAGCAGUGACGAUGAGCCAGGUUAUGAAACAGACAUUUCCGAAUGUGCUCAGAAGACAACAGGAGGAAAUGGAGUGGAAAAUGAAGAAAUGCUUCCAAACAAUGAGACAACGCUUUCUGAAACUGUUGGAAAUGAUUUGGCAGAAGAAUUCAUAACAGAAGCCAGUUCAGAAGCAGCAGCAUCCGGAUACAUAAUUCAAAAGCAACAAUUGACAGAUGUACAAAAUAGCAGUGAAGAUACUGGUCAAGUACUCUCAACUGAUACUUCAGGAAGGGCUGAUGAUGGAAAAUUGACAUCGCUGGAAGACAUUGAAACGUGUCAAAAUGAAGUAGCCAAAAACCCUCCCCCUGAGGAAACAAUACACCUACCAUCCACAUCAAAUGAAGACUUCUCCAGUUUUGAAGGGCCCUUAGACAAUACUCCAAGUACUUCGAAAACUCAAAUACCAAUGAGAACCCUAGAGGAAGUUUUAGCAAGGAGGGAUGAAAGACUCCGGCGACUUGAAGGUCAAGCUGAACAGUUAGUUACGAAAGUAACUAAUACGGCAAACAGAAGUGUGGUUAUUUCCAAUAGGCUCGAUGACCUACAUGGAGUGUACGGACAAGGUUCGGAACCUGAAAUUGAAACGAAUAGUACUUCUCAAUCAGACUUACUGGAAAUUCGUGAUACAUCUGUUAUUAGCAAUAUUGACACAAACGAUACAGACAUCUCUGAUGAGAAUGUCACGGAUAACAAUAAUGACGAUGAACACAAUACUUGAUGAAGAAAGUAAACAUGUCUGUUUAACUAAGUAUUGUAGGGCCAGCAGCCUUUUGGAAUAUUCAUGUAUUAUUUUUAUACCCUUCUAUAUAUCGAUAUUAAUGUUGUUUUUGUUGUCUUUUUCAAUUUAAGAUAUUUAUUUUAUCAAUCACCGUUUUGAUAUAGAUUUUUUAUUGAGUAAAUCAAUUCUAUGUCCUGAUA